AUGUCGCCGAGCUUCGUCUUCGACCCUCCCAGCGACGAAGAAGUCGAACUCUCCGAACGAGAAGAGGAAGAAGAAGACGAAGAAGAACCAGAAGAAGUUGAGUCAGGAUCAGGUUCUGAGACAGAAGAAGAAGAAGGGCACAAAGAAGCGCGGGUUUCGAAGAAGAAAACGCAGUCUCCAUGGGACUUCGCUAAAUACACGGAAUCAGUUGCUGAGGAACACGCUCGCAGGAGCACAACCUCAGUGGACGAGAAAAUCUCCAAAGCACUCCAACAACGUUCCACGCCGCUCGUUGCUGAGCUUGACCACAGCUCCGAGUCCGAACCUGAUGAACAAGUAUUUGUUGUUGGGAUUAUUUUGGGGAUGGAGGAGGGGUCUGAAGAUUAUAGACCCGAUGAAGAAGAAGAAGAAGAGGGUAAUGAUGGUGAUAGCAAGUCCUUUUUUGCUCCUUCUGAUGGAGCCUCUUUCCACGCUGACUCCUUCUUGCAGCUUAAUUUGUCUCGUCCUUUGCUCCGGGCUUGUGAGGCCCUGGGAUAUGCUAAACCAACGCCAAUUCAGGCAGCAUGUAUUCCAUUGGCAUUGUCUGGUCGUGAUAUAUGUGGUAGUGCCAUUACCGGGUCAGGAAAGACAGCUGCGUUUGCACUACCUACAUUGGAGAGGUUGUUGUUCCGUCCAAAACGAAUGCGAGCAAUAAGGGUCCUCAUUCUUACUCCAACCAGAGAGUUGGCAGUCCAAGUUCACAGUAUGAUAGAGAAGCUUGCUCAGUUUACUGAUAUAAGGUGUUGCCUGGUUGUUGGGGGUCUGUCAACAAAGGUGCAAGAGGCUGCUUUGAGAACAAUGCCAGACAUUGUUGUGGCUACUCCUGGACGCAUGAUUGACCAUUUACGCAAUGCUAUGUCUGUGGAUUUGGAUGAUCUUGCUGUUCUAAUACUUGACGAGGCAGAUCGUCUUUUGGAGCUUGGAUUUAGUGCUGAAAUUCAAGAACUUGUUCGCAUGUGUCCCAAGAAAAGGCAGACUAUGUUGUUUUCAGCAACAAUGACUGAGGAGGUUGAUGAACUUAUCAAACUUUCCCUGUCAAAGCCCCUGCGUCUUUCUGCUGACCCAUCUACCAAACGGCCAGCAACCUUGACUGAGGAAGUUGUUAGAAUACGAAGAAUGCGUGAAGUAAACCAGGAAGCUGUUCUUCUUGCAAUGUGCUCGAAAACUUUUGCUUCCAAAGUCAUCAUCUUCAGUGGAACAAAGCAAGCUGCACAUAGAUUAAAGAUUAUAUUUGGGUUAAGUGGAUUAAAAGCUGCUGAGCUUCAUGGAAAUCUUACCCAAGCCCAGCGCCUGGAAGCUUUGGAACAGUUUAGGAAGCAGCAAGUUGAUUUUUUGGUUGCAACAGAUGUGGCUGCCCGUGGCCUUGACAUUAUUGGUGUUCAAACAGUUAUCAACUUUGCAUGUCCACGUGAUCUUACUAGCUAUGUUCAUCGAGUGGGUCGUACUGCAAGAGCUGGACGGGAAGGAUAUGCUGUCACUUUUGUGACUGACAAUGACCGAUCACUUUUAAAAGCCAUUGCCAAGAGGGCUGGUUCAAAGUUGAAAAGCCGCAUUGUUGCCGAGCAAUCUAUACUUAGGUGGUCUCAUAUUAUUGAGCAAAUGGAGGAUCAAAUUAAUGAAGUUCUUCAAGAAGAGAGAGAAGAAAGAGUCCUAAGGAAAGCUGAAAUGGAGGCCACGAAGGCCGAAAACAUGAUUGCACAUAGGGAAGAAAUCUUUUCCCGUCCGAAAAGAACAUGGUUUGUCACAGAGAAGGAGAAAAAGCUUGCUGCAAAAGCAGCCAAGGCAUCUUCCUCCAUAGAAAAGAACAAGAGUUCUGGGAAAGAGGUAAUUAGUGCCGAACAAGCUGAAGACCUCAAAAUGAAGGAAAAGAGGAAGCGCGAGCGCGAGAAAAAUUUGCCUAGAAAGAAGCGUAGAAAGUUGGAAGCAGCUAGAGAGAUGUUGGAGGAUGAGGAGCAGGAUGGUGAACAAGUAGAGGACAAGAGGAUGAAUAAAAAAGAAAAAGGUGGAAUGUCACUUGUUGAUCUUGCUUACCGAAGGGCAAAAGCAGUGAAGGCUGUGAAGAAGGCAUUAGAUUCUGGCAAGAUUGUGAAGAAGAGUCAAAAGAAACCUAGUAAUGCUCCACGAAAAACUCCUUCAAGGACUGAAGAGAUGAGGGAUCUAUUCCAGACUGACAUGAAGGAUAAAAAGCCAAAAAGAAGAGGUGUUGGAGGAGGAAAGAAGUCGAAGAGUUCAUUCAAAAGCAAGUCAAGGUACAAGCGCAAGUAG